AUGACCCGCGCUACUACCCCUUCUGCCUCAGCCACGCUUGCACCUUCACCUCAUCCUCCCCUACAGGUCCUGGAAACGCCACGCCGCCGGAAGUCUGCUGCUACUUCACGAGCUUAACGCAAUACUUGCAAUACCGCAAAGCGCAGCUGUUCUACGAUUACCGCGCGGCGGAGGACAUGCUCGCGACGCCCGACAUCUCCGUGAUAAUGAACAUCUCGCGGCGCAUAAACGGGCUGCAGGUGGAGGUGUGGAACGGGAUGCGAAGCACGGUCGUGCGCGAGGGGUUCAUGCUGAAGUUUGGGCAGAACGAGGAGUUGCGGAGGUUGCUACUCGAUACGGGGGAUAGGGAGUUGGUGUAUGCGGUUGGGACGAGGGAUUGGGGGGUUGGAUUUGCGGUGAGUUUUUGGGUUUCCCUCCCUGGAGGGUGGGGCUGAUGCGGGUCGGGAGGUGAAUAGCCGGCCGAUGCGGGGAAGAGUAGGGACACUUGGGGGUUGAAUCUGUUGGGACAGGCUUUGAUGGGUGAGUUUAUCCUUCCUCUUUCCUUUUGGGGAAUUUUGGUUGGGACGGGGCUUACGGGGUUGUAAAUGUAGACGUCCGGAGGAGGUUGAGAGAGUACGCCGAUGCUACGGGAACCUAUCCGAAAGCGCGACCGGCGCCGAUCGACGUCAAAAUGAAUAGCUUGGUAGAGUUACAAGGGGGCAGUUGAUGGUUAAGAGAGUGAGAAGGAAUGAGAUAGGUAGCUGGAGGCAACACGACUAUAAUCCUGGGAAAAUAGCCAUCAUAGAAAGAGGAGGGACCUUCUCAUGACUUCUCACUCGCCGACACCAGAGUUAGACACAUGGCCUUGCAGUCAGGCGGGGAUUAUCACGCUCAUCUAAUGAAUUACGAUACCACGACCCACAAAUCUUGUCUAUAAUAGGCGCAUCCCUAGUCAAAUUAAAUUAAAGAACGUCUAUGCUCG